UUUAGAAAACAUUUUUGUUUUAUUUCAUAAUUCACUUAUAUUGAUUUAAAACAAGUUUACAGCCAUUACCAGUUACAAGUAUAUAACGUUGAGUAGUCGUACAUGUAGUACUGUUUAAACCGUAUCAAUUUUGACAAAUGUAUAGAACUCAUCUUUUGUAAAUGUUGUAUUAAUUCCAAUAAAAAUGGUUAAUGGCUGUUAACUAUUUUAAUUACUAAAAUAAGACCGGUUAUUUCUCAGUUUGAGUUAUUUAAUUAAAAGACAAAUCCACCAUGGAUACAGAUCUAUAUGAUGAAUUUGGCAAUUACAUUGGCCCGGAUUUGGCCUCUGAUAGUGAAGAUGAAAAUGAAUAUGGAAAUGCUGGAGAUGAUGCAGAAGACAGAGACCGUUCAGAUGAGGAAAUGGAAGAAGAUAAGGAUGAGUCUAGAGAACAAAUGGAGCAAGGCAAUUCUAUGGCAGUUGUACUGCACGAGGAUAAAAGAUAUUAUCCUAGUGCUUUAGAAGUUUAUGGACCAGAGGUAGAAACUCUAGUGCAAGAAGAAGAUGCACAACCAUUAGACAAGCCAUUGAUAGCACCAACCAGAAGACCAAAGUUUCAAAUAAAACAACAACAACUUCCAGAGACAACAUACAGCAUAGAAUUUUUAGCUGAUAUGAUGGAUGCACCUCAUCUCAUAAGAAAUGUUGUUUUACUUGGUCACUUGCACCAUGGCAAAACCACCUUAGUUGAUUGUUUAGUAAGACAGACUCAUCCCUAUUUGCACAGUGUAACGGAUGAAAAACCACUGAGGUAUACAGACACAUUAUUCACGGAGCAACAACGAGGUGUAUCGACCAAGGCAACUCCCGUGACCUUACUGUUACAAGACGUGAAGUCAAAAUCCUAUCUCCUAAAUAUAUUCGACACUCCGGGUCACGUAAACUUCUCAGACGAAGCGACAGCAGCUAUACGUUUAUCCGAUGGAGCGGUAUUGAUCGUCGACGCUGCUGAAGGAGUUAUGUUAAAUACCGAACGUCUGUUAAAACACGCGUUACAGGAAAAACUCGCGUUAACAGUGUGCAUAAACAAGAUAGAUCGAUUGAUACUAGAAUUAAAAUUACCACCCCUAGACGCGUAUUACAAAUUGAGACAUAUCAUUGAAGAGAUCAAUGGACUGAUAGCCCUGUACUCAGAUUCUGAGAAUCCCUCUUUUGUAUCUCCAGCUAUCGGAAACGUAUGCUUCGCAAGUUCUGAAUACAAUGUCUGUUUCACCCUUAAAUCCUUUGCGGCACUUUACGCCAAGACCCAUCCCACCCUGAAUGCCAAUGAGUUCGCGAAAAGAUUAUGGGGCGACAUAUACUUUAAUUCAAAAACGCGGAAGUUUACCAAAAAACCACCUCACAAUACUGCACAACGUAGCUUCAUCGAGUUCAUUCUCGAGCCUUUAUACAAGAUAUUCGCUCAAGUCGUCGGUGAUGUUGACACGACUCUACCCGAUGUACUGGAUGAAUUGGGGAUAAGAUUAACAUCAGAGGAAAUGAAAAUGAACAUCAGACCUCUGUUGCGGCUGGUGUGCACACGUUUCUUGGGUGAUAUGUGUGGACUAGUGGACAUGUGCGUAGCUCAUGUCCCCAGCCCUCAGUCACAUGCACCAGUCAAGGUUCAACAUGUGUACACUGGUCCCAUGGAUUCACCUUUAGCGCAAGACAUGAUUAAUUGCGACCCGGAUGGAAGAUUAAUGAUCCACAGUACAAAAAUGUAUCCUACCGAGGACUGUACGCUGUUCGUAGUCCUGGGGAGGGUCAUGUCCGGAACCCUCGAGGCAGGACAACGCGUCCGCGUAUUGGGCGAAGCGUACUCGCGUACAGACGAAGAGGAUUCUCGCGUUCUUACAGUUGGAAGACUAUGGAUCAGCGAGGCGCGUUAUUCGAUCGAAUUGAACAGAGUACCUGCGGGCAAUUGGGUUCUUAUCGAGGGUAUAGACAGACCGAUCGUAAAGACGAGCACGAUUACCGAUCUGAACAACUCAGACGAUCUCCACAUCUUCCGUCCGCUGAAAUUCAACACGCAGAGUGUAAUUAAAAUAGCCGUCGAGCCUGUCAACCCCUCAGAGUUACCAAAAAUGUUAGAUGGUUUGAGAAAAGUGAACAAAAGCUAUCCUCUAUUGGGUACCAGAGUCGAAGAGAGUGGCGAACACGUAGUCUUAGGAACGGGUGAACUGUACUUGGAUUGUGCGAUGCACGACUUGCGUCGUAUGUACUCUGAGAUCGACAUAAAAGUGGCGGACCCUGUAGUAGCAUUCGCGGAGACAGUAGUAGAAACAAGUUCCCUAAAAUGUUUCGCCGAAACACCAAAUAAACGUAACAAGUUAACCAUGAUCGCCGAGCCUCUUGAAAGAGGUCUUGCCGAAGAUAUAGAAGCAGAACAUGUUCGAAUCACAUGGAACAAGAAGCGACUAGGAGAGUUCUUUCAAACAAAGUACGACUGGGAUUUGUUGGCUGCCCGAAGUAUAUGGGCAUUUGGUCCAGACUCCACUGGACCUAACAUUUUAGUCGACGAUACAUUGCCAUCGGAAGUGGACAAAACGUUACUGAACAGCGCCCGUGACGCCAUUAUUCAAGGGUUCCAAUGGGGUACUCGGGAGGGUCCACUCUGCGAGGAACCAAUUAGAAACGUGAAAUUCAAAAUCCUGGAUGCCGUCAUUGCCCAGGAACCUCUCCAUCGAGGAGGUGGUCAAAUAAUUCCCACCGCCAGAAGGGUAGCCUAUUCUGCUUUCCUCAUGGCGACACCAAGGUUGAUGGAGCCCUACUUGUUCGUCGAAGUCCAGGCACCCGCCGAUUGCGUGUCGGCAGUAUAUACGGUACUGGCUAAAAGGAGAGGUCACGUGACCCAAGACGCUCCCGUUCCCGGAAGUCCUUUAUACACCAUUAAGGCUUUCAUCCCAGCGAUCGAUAGCUUCGGUUUUGAGACCGACUUGCGAACGCACACGCAAGGUCAGGCUUUCUGUCUGUCCGUAUUCCACCAUUGGCAAAUCGUACCUGGCGAUCCUUUGGAUAAAAGCAUUACGAUACGACCCCUCGAACCACAACCAGCCACCCAUUUAGCUAGGGAAUUUAUGUUGAAAACACGAAGACGGAAGGGACUGUCCGAGGACGUGUCCAUCAACAAAUUCUUCGACGAUCCUAUGUUACUUGAAUUAGCUAGACAAGAUGUAUUACUUAAUUAUCCAUUGUAAUCUGUAGCUAUAAAUUUCGUACUCUAAUUUUAUCAUUAAAGAA